UGGAAUUGACAAAGUUGGUUCAACUGUUGGGGAUAAUUUAAAAGCCCGGGCGAAGGCGUCAGGAGUAGAACGGAAGGAGGCUUGCAGGCUUCACGUUAAGACGAUGGCCAACGUAGUGGACAUAAGUUCCUCCUCUUUUGCUGGCACAGGACUUACGUUCAAGAGGCACAAAUGUCAUCGAUUCGUACAGCAAGUAUGUCGAAACGCCGUUGCAGCGCCGCCUGCGAGCUCGAGGACACCGUCCAGCACUGGCGUGGUGAAGAAGGCCUUGACUAUGACAGAAAAGAUCCUGGCGAAGCACAGCAAUAACACAACAGUAGUACCAGGGCAGAACAUCUGGACUAAUGUUGAUAAGCUGAUGACCCACGAUGUCUGCGGACCCGGCACGUUUGGGAUCUUUCAGAGGGAGUUUGGAGAGAAUGCACAGGUGUGGGACCCCACAAAGAUAGUCAUCAUCCCAGACCACUACAUCUUCACUAGUGACCCGCGUGCGAAUAGGAACGUGGACAUCCUCAGGGACAUGGUGAACAAGUAUGGCAUUAAAUACUUCUACGACAUCACAAAUCGCUCAGACUUCAGGGCCAACCCAGACUACAAGGGUGUCUGUCAUGUGGCGCUGGCUCAGGAGGGGCACUGCAAGCCAGGAGAAGUGCUGUUUGGCACAGACUCUCACACAUGCAACGCUGGAGCUUUUGGCCAGUUUGCCACAGGCAUUGGCAACACUGACGCUGGCUUCAUCUUGGGUACCGGCAAGCUGUUGAUCAAGGUGCCCCCCACAAUGAGGUUUGUGCUGGAGGGUGAGAUGCCCAGUUACCUGAUGGCAAAGGACCUUAUCCUGCAAAUCAUCGGGGAGAUCACUGUCGCUGGCGGCACCUACAAGGCCAUGGAGUUCACAGGGCCUGUCAUUGAGGCAAUGACAAUGGAGGAGCGCAUGACCAUCUGCAACAUGGUGGUGGAAGCUGGCGCGAAGAACGGCGUGUGCCCACCGGAUGAGACAACCUUUGACUACGUGCGGCAAAGAACAGACGAGCCGUUUGAGGCCGUGCAUGCUGAUGCUGGCGCCGGGUACAUUGAGGAAUACCGCUUCGAUGUGUCCAAGAUAGAGCCCUUGGUGGCCGCGCCGCAUUCGCCCGACAAUAGAAAAAAUGCUCGGGACUGCCGAGACGUGAAGAUUGACCGCGUGUACAUCGGGUCUUGCACUGGUGGCAAGACGGAGGACUUCAUGGCGGCUGCCAAGCUGCUGCACAAGGCUGGCGGGCAGGUGAAGGUGCCCACAUUCCUGGUGCCGGCCACGCAGAAGGUCUGGGCCGACCUGUACGGUUUGCCCGUGGCCGGCUGCGAUGGCAAAACCGCGGCUCAGAUCUUUGAAGCUGCCGGCUGCGACACCCCGGCCCCUCCCAGCUGCGCGGCCUGCCUGGGCGGACCCAAGGACACCUAUGCGCGCAUGAACGAGCCCCAAGUCUGUGUGUCCACAACCAACAGGAAUUUCCCUGGACGGAUGGGUCACAAGGAUGGUCAGGUGUACCUGGCCUCGCCGUAUACAGCGGCAGCGUCUGCUCUGGCAGGAACUGUGGCAGAUCCAAGGGAUUUCGGUGCCUGAUCGUCUGGCAACCAGUGACUUGACAGUACAGGGAGACAGUGUGUAGACUUGUACUGUUGUGGACGCACUUUGGAGUGUCGGAGUAUCUUCAGCAUUUGGAGAGCUCUAGAGUGACAAUUCCCACAUUGCUCAUUGUCUGUACAAGUCUGCAUGCACGCUAUGUAAGUUGACCCUUAACCAAGACCAAUGUCUUGGAUGGAGCAAAACCUCAGAUGAGACCCAGCUAGUGAAAUCUAUUCUGGUUUAUGGUGCUUCUUCCCCUCUAGAAAUUGGCUUCAGGCCCUUUGGAUUUGCAAGUAUUGGGCGCUAUAUAGCUAUAUAUAUGUCGAGUUCACACUCGCCUUGCACAAUGCUAUAAUUUGGAUCGAAAUCUCGCAAGAGGAGCCCUUGGAAUGCCUUUGUCUCGUGAGGACAAGAACUUGACGUGCUUUCCUUGAGCCAACAACGCGCCUGUCUUCUUGCUGCUCAGAUUCACAUUAAUGGUGGCAAUGAGCCCCCCAACUUUGACAACCUGCGCGUCUACCACUAUCUCCUCUCCUGCAAGCCCUGGUCUCAAGUAGUCGAUGCUCAUGUUCAAAGAGACACCGCUCUUCUCUGACUGGGUCACUAGAGCUGCGCUUCCCACCACGUCCACAAGAGUAGCUAUACAUCCUCCAUGGAGAGUACCAUAUCGAUUCUGCACUCUGGGUUCAACUGGAAUGAUACAUGUCACCCUUCCAUCGGUCGCUUCGAUGUCUCUAAUAGUGUUGAGGGCAACUGUAUCAAAAACAGGGGCUUGAUCGAGGUCAAUGUCCUGCAGCCCACUUCCAGUCAGAGCUUCCAAAAAUAGUUUGCCAGCUUCAGGUGUUCCCAUAUUGUGCUAUGACAAUUAGCAGGGCCCAGGUGGGUUAAGAAGAGGGCAACAAGGUUCACAGACCAUGGCAUUCACAUUGUGAACAAACUCCUGCUUAUCUCAAAGAUCCUUACUACCAUUGUGACAGAAAUAUGAUGCUCUAUGUCCAAGUCUAGUAUCG